CGUGACCGCGCGUGAUCACGUGACAUCCGCUUUCACUUUUCUGUAACUCCGCUGUCACCUGCUCUGAAAAUAAUGGUGCUGAAAGGAAUACCGUCGAUACUUACGCCUGAAUUGCUGUAUGCUCUGGCAAAAAUGGGGCAUGGGGAUGAACUGGUUCUUGCAGAUGCAAAUUUUCCUGUCUCCUCUGUUUGUAAAUGUGGUCCCAUCGAGAUACGAGCUGAUGGUUUGCGUAUCCCAGAUUUGUUGGAAGCGAUAUUGAAGCUGUUUCCACUUGAUUCCUAUGUUGAACGUCCGGCAGCUGUAAUGGAUCUAGUGGAAAAUGACAGACAGCGGGGUCUUGAAGUGCCAGUGUGGUUCUGCUACUCUGAACUUCUGAAACAAGCAGGAUCACAUGGGUAUUUGGAUGCACUUGAAAGGUUCUCUUUCUAUGAUCGUGCUAAGAAAGCUUUUGCUGUUGUAGCAACAGGGGAGACUGCUCUGUACGGAAACCUCAUUAUCAAGAAAGGAGUCAUUCAUCCUGAAGAGCUAUGCUGAAGAAUGCUGAAAUAUUCUUGUGAUCACACAAGUUACCUAUUGACCUUUUUAAAAAACACUUCAACAAGUUGGAUUUGGAGAACUGCCUAGCUGUUAUAACUUAUUUUUGCAAAAUAUUCAUUACACUGCAGGAAAUCUGCAGACUUAGAACUUGUAAGUUGGAAUAGAUGUUGCUUUUGACUUUCUAGAAAACCCUGGCUGAUUCUACAGGUAUCAGCUGGAUCGAAGACAUUAAAACUUAAAGCCAGUAUUGUUCAGGGAGUUUUGUAUUACUUUAUUAUAAAUCUUUGUAGUCUCUUUUGAAGUAAUUAAAAUCUUGCUUUUGCAAAAA